CUCGCCAUGGUGGGCAUUUGACGUUCAGUCCGCCUGGGACUGUUGCUCCCCUUGGGCUGGGUACUGGUUCUGGGGCGGGUUGGGUGAUGGGCUGCAUCCCAGCGGCAGAGCUUCGGAUCCAACGGGCUGUCUGUCGGUGGAGACGCCCUGAGAAGCGAUCCAGUAGUCCGAGAAAUGCUGCGGUUCAUAGACCUUGGGGAGUUGAGUUAUAAAAAAGGAACUGACUUGACUUAAGAAAAUCUAGUCUUUGCUCCAUUAUGGAGCACCUCACUUGUCUUCUUCGAAUAAUGAAUAAAUAGGUCGAUGGCUGCUUGCUUCUGGUUUUAGAGAGGAUUUGCAGGUGUUGUGGUUGUUAAAUGUCCAGUGUUCUAGGUCAAAUCAGACAUUCUGUCACAAUGCCAGAAAUAAAUACCAGCCAUCUCGAUGAACAACAAGUUCAACUUCUAGCAGAGAUGUGUAUUCUUAUUGAUGAAAAUGACAAUAAAAUUGGGGCUGACACCAAGAAAAACUGUCACCUGAAUGAAAACAUUGACAAAGGAUUAUUACAUCGAGCUUUUAGUGUCUUCUUAUUUAAUAGUGAAAAUAAGCUCCUGUUACAGCAGAGAUCAGAUGCUAAAAUUACCUUUCCAGGUUGUUUCACCAAUAGUUGCUGUAGUCAUCCAUUAAGUAAUCCAGGUGAGCUUGAAGAAAACAACGCCAUUGGUGUAAAACGAGCUGCACAGAGGCGCUUAAAAGCUGAAUUGGGAAUUCCUUUAGAAGAGGUUGAUCCAAAUGAAAUGCAUUAUCUAACACGAAUUUACUACAAGGCCCAAUCUGAUGGUAUCUGGGGUGAACAUGAAAUUGAUUAUAUUUUGUUUCUGAGGAAGAAUGUAACCUUGAAUCCAGAUCCCAAUGAGAUUAAAAGCUAUCUCUAUGUAUCAAAGGAAGAACUCAAAGAAAUUAUGAAGAAAGCAGCCAGUGGUGAAAUUAAGUUAACUCCAUGGUUUAAAAUUAUUGUAGACACUUUUCUCUUUAAAUGGUGGGAUAACUUAAACCAUUUGAGUCAGUUUGUUGACCAUAAGAAAAUACAUAGAAUGUGAAUGUGUAAAUGAAUUGAAAAUUUUUUCUACCUAGUAAGAAUGUUUUUUUGUUUUCUUUUGUUUUGAACUGAGCUCCCUUUUAUGAUACAUGGGUAUUUUACAACCAGAAUUUGUUUGAGAAAAAAGCCCACUGACUUACAGUUUUGUAUUAUCUAUCCCAUGUGUAUGCACUGAUGUUUGUAAAGGACAUUUAUGAGAGGUUAUUGCAAAAUUAUGCCAUAAAUAAAAGUUAAUUAGCCUGUCCAAAUAUAUGACUGACACGAUUGAAGAAAUAAGUAGAACUCUUCAUUUUUUACAUUUUGACAAACAUUUUCAGAACACUUUGCUAUUUGCCAAGUGUUUUUUUAUACCAUUAAAUUAUAUCAUUGUAGACGAAUUUCUAAGUGGUCUUAUUAAAUAAAGACAGAAAAAUGAGCAAAAGAGACUACUUAGCUGCUUCAAAACAGCACUUAUAUAUUAACUGGUCAAGGCCAGGGAUACAGCUCAGUGGUACCAUGAUUGCUUUGCAGGCAUGAGGUCAUGGGUUAUUGAGUCCCUAAUCCUUAAAAUAAUUAUAACAUUAAUAACAGGCAGAGCAGGUUCAAGGGAGAAUAAAUGGUAUCCAGUCAUCCCUCAUAAUUUCAGGACCCCCUUCAUAAUCAAAUCUCUGGAUGCUCAAGUCUUAUACAAGAUGACAUUGUAUUUGACUUACACACAUCUUUCACUCUUCACCUCAUCUCUGGGUUGGUUGUAGCACUGAAUACAAUGUAAAUGCUAACAAAUGAUUGUUUUACUAUGCUUUGUGUUAAGUAAAAGUCUACAUGUCUGCAUAUUCAGUACAGAUCAAAUAUUAACAUAUGAUUGGUUUGAAACCUUGGGUGGUUGGCCCACAGAUUGGAAAGGCCAGUUCUGUAUGCUAAUUUUUGUCACUUUUGGUUGAUUUUGUGCUUUAACCAUUCUGAAAUUAUUUUACUACUUAAAGUUAACUAUUACUUUUAGUGGUAAUGGUAACUGCUUAACUUUUAAAUAGUUACUUACCAUUUAGCAAAAUCUGCUCAUAAUUAUAGUGGAAGAGAUGUUAGUCAUAAGAUGGGAGUAAGUUCUUUAUGAGUUGACAAAACUCUUACCACUACCAGCACUGGGCCUGGUUAAUUUUGUUGUAGGUGUCUGACCUAUGUUGGAUGUUUAAUAGCAUCUCUGCACCCUGUACACUCAAUAUCAUUUAGCAUUCCUUUGCUAAGACAACACCCCCCCAAAAAAAUGGGGGUGGGGUGGGUUUUGAGGCAGGGUUACUCUGUGUAGCCCUGGCUGUUCUAUAGCUCACUCUAUAGACCAGAAUAGCCUCGGAAAUCAGGAUCUUCCUGCCUCUGUCUCCAAAGUACAUGAACCACCAUGCCCAGCAACAACCAAAAUUUUAAUGGAUAGUACCAAGUGCCGCAUAGGAACAGAGACACCUCUAAUAGAAAACCACUCACUGUUCUGUAGUAAGGACUUACUUUAGAGGUAGAAGCAGGAGGGAGUAGCAGUGAGGAAGUCAAUGAUCAAUAGACUGAUGUUAUAGAAUAGGCAUAUAUUGAGAUUGUGUCUUGAUUGAUGUACUUUUUAAAACUUGCCACAGGUGUGUCAAAUUUUUGCUCUUAGACUUAAAUGCUGUAUAAUGAAUAAUUUUUUCUUAUAAAAAUUUUAUAAAGUUUAAUUUCUUAAUAAUUCAGAACAGUUGAUUUAUCUUUGAAGAUACAGCUAUGUAGCAAGUAUUUAUUGAAAAUUUAAAAAAUAAAUUAUUUUAAUAUUG